AAUCAAUUAAAAAAAAAAUAGAUAAUUAAAAAAAAACAAAAUUAAACUAUCAUUCUGUUAUAUUUAUGCGAAGGUAAAUAAAUUGAAAAAAAAUAACAUCAAAACAUUCGAAACAGGAGCUGUGCACACACACACACAAAAACACAAACUGUCCUUAUGUAAAUAGAAAUGUCAUAGAAAAAAGAAAACAACAACAGUGAUGGUAUGAUUAUAAAAGUACCAUCGAUCUAUUGGCAAGAAUCGUAAUAAUAAUUUUGAUAAUCUCGACAUAUUGAAUGAAUGAUAUACACAACGAAUGAUAAACACGAAUCUUUUUUUUGAUGAUGGCAAAAAUCCACUAUGAUUAUAAUCACCUGCAUUUUUUCCUGUUAAUCACCGUCCAUUAUUUAGCCAUUAUUUUGUAUCCAAAUAUGGUAUUUGGUCAAUAUCAAUCAAUAAUUGCUGGAAAUACUGGUAUUGUCCAAGAUUCAAUAUUAGCCAUUAAUGCUUAUUGUGACAAUACAUGUUCGAAUCCUAUAACACAUAAUCGGAUUGCACAAUGUUUUCAACAAGCAGCAAAACUUAAUGAUCCAAUCAUUCAAAUGAUACGUGUUUGUUCAUCAAGUCAACGAAAUUUUUUAUUUAUAAAUUGUAAUCAAUAUUCAUUGAUACAAUUGGAAAGAUGUCUAAUAAAUAUAUCAUAUAAUAAUCGAUACAUAUUACAACAACAGAAUAAUUGGUCCAGACAAUGUUUUCGUAAUUCAAUCACAAUAAGAACAAGAAAUUGUAUCCGUUAUAAUAAUCCUCGUCUUCGAACAUAUUUACCACAACGACCCAUUUAUUAUUAUAAUAAUAAUAAUAAUAAUUGUGGUCGAUUAAUUAAUGCCGUUUCAAGUGUUUAUGAUUAAUUUAAACUAAACAUGAUGAUGAUCAUGUCAUUUGAAACAUUCAUUUUUUUUUUUUUUUUUUGAGGAAUAAAUUGAAAAUUG